AUGAGCCACAGGGACCGGGUGUUGAGACAGAAGGAGAGAAGACGCGAGGAGCGAGGCGGACAGAGGCAGACGGGCGCCGUGUCCCUGGCGUCCCUGCCGCUGGGCGGCGCCGCCGGCACGGGCUCGUCGACGCGCGACCGUUCCCGCACGCAGGCCGACCUGCCGCCCGCCGGCGGCCUGACGCACUCGCGGCCCGGCGCCUCCUCGCACGGCCGCCUCGCGGACGAGCAGCGGCACAGCAACUUCGUUCCCGGCGAGCACCAGGACCACCCUCCUGCCGAGCGGUUCCGCGAGGUGUCCUGGAUGCUGGACUACGAGCACGUGCAGCCCGCGAACCUCGCGCAUCCGUUCGAGAGCAGGAACCCGAAGGUGGUGCACUCGCCGCGGCGCAGGGCGCGGGUGCACGGCCAGGAGCCGAGCCCGCCCCCGCUGCAGUACGGCCACCCCCCGGCCCCGCAGCGGGUCGCCCAGCCGCACGGAGGCAGCGUGUACAACACCUGGCGCAACGCCGAGGGCCUGCCCGGGCUCACAUAG